ACACCAAGUCCUUCUUCCCGAAUUUGUAGAGGAUUUACCCGUCGCUACUACCCAACUGAAAGCCCGGAUCCGGCUCUACACACAACCAGUCCAGCUGCUCCUUGCCUCUCUGCCUAUAAAGCUUAAAAUCCAAUUCAUACGAGAAUUGAGAACUCUCUCAUAGCUUGAUUGUCCCCUUUCUGCAAGCAAGCCAAAAGCAGACACAAUCUCAAAAUCCACUCCUCGCUAUCUCCGCUGAUCCCUCAAAUAACCUUCCAAUCAUGCUCACAGUUAUUGUAAAAUGGCAAAAGGAGGUCUUUCCAAAAGUGGAGAUCGACACAAGCCAGCCCCCUUAUGUUUUCAAGUGCCAAUUGUAUGAUCUGACGGGAGUACCACCUGAGAGGCAAAAAAUUAUGGUUAAGGGUGGUCUAUUGAAGGAUGAUGCUGAUUGGGCAACUGUAGGAGUGAAGGAGGGUCAAAAGUUGAUGAUGAUGGGAACAGCAGAUGAGAUUGUGAAGGCCCCAGAGAAGGGCCCUGUUUUCAUGGAAGAUCUUCCAGAAGAGGAACAAGUGGUUGCUGUGGGUCAUACUGCUGGCCUAUUUAACCUCGGAAACACCUGUUACAUGAACUCCACGAUACAAUGUUUGCAUUCUGUUCCAGAGUUAAAGUCUGCUUUAGUUAACUAUCCAUCUGAAAAGAGAAGUGAUUUGGAUCAGACAUCUCAUAUGUUGACAGCUGCAACUCGGGAACUGUUUAAUGAGCUUGAUAGAAGUGUGAAGCCUGUUGCACCUAUGCAGUUUUGGAUGGUAUUGCGCAAAAAAUAUCCACAAUUUGGCCAAUUGCAUAAUAGUUCCUUUAUGCAGCAGGAUGCUGAAGAAUGCUGGACACAACUUCUAUACACUCUUUCACAGUCUCUUAGAUCACCAAGUCUCAAUGGAAGUCUGGAUACUGUGAAGGCACUUUUUGGAAUUGAACUUGUAAGCAGGAUCCAUUGCCAAGAAAGUGGUGAAGAGAGCUCAGAGACAGAAUCAGUUUAUUCACUUAAAUGCCAUAUAUCACAGGAGGUGAACCAUUUGCAUGAAGGACUAAAGCAUGGUCUGAAAUCUGAGCUGGAGAAGGCUUCCCCUUUGUUGGGACGUAGUGCAAUUUACUUGAAAGAGUCUCGCAUCAAUGCCUUGCCAAGGUACUUGACUGUUCAGUUUGUUCGCUUUUUCUGGAAGAGAGAGUCAAAUCAGAAGGCCAAGAUUUUGCGGAAAGUGGAUUAUCCAUUGGAGCUGGAUGUCUAUGAUUUCUGUUCAGAUGAUCUACGCAGAAAAUUGGAAGCACCUCGCCAGUCUUUAAGAGAUGAGGAAGGUAAGAAGCUUGGCCUGAAAGCGAAUGAGAAGAGUUCAUGUUCAAAAGAUAAUGAUGUCAAAAUGACAAAUGCAGAGGAAUCAUCCAAUGGAAGUGGAGAAUCUUGUAAGGCUACCUUGGGAGAAGGGGGUUCAUCUGACAGAGAAUUGCAUUUAACUGGAAUUUAUGAUUUGGUUGCUGUACUGACUCAUAAGGGGAGGAGCGCUGAUUCAGGGCAUUAUGUUGCCUGGGUAAAGCAAGAAAAUGGGAAAUGGAUCGAGUUUGAUGAUGAUAAUCCCAUCCCUCAGCGGGAGGAGGAUAUAACUAAACUAUCUGGAGGAGGUGACUGGCAUAUGGCGUAUAUUUGUAUGUACAAGGCACGUGCUGUCCCCAUGUAAUCUGAUUUUCUUGUCAUUAUUAUUUUGUUUAGAUUCAAGUCACAGAGGGAUGUUUUGGAUAGAUUCUGAUUAUGAAAUGGGCAAUAGUUUUGCAUUUGUGUACUAUAGAAAUUGUCAUGUGUGUUGGAUGACCUGAGUUUUCAAUGGUUUGAUUUCAUUUUUUUGAUGA